AUGAGGCAAGCCAAGUCCGACGGUCUCCUCAUCGAGGUUCGUGGCAAUACUGAAGAGGUGUCAGCGGUGAGAGCAGAAAUCGCGAGAUUAGAAGGAGCUGAUAUUGGGGUCAGGACCCUACAGCAGAGGGAGCUGUUAGAGGUCAGAGACCUGGAUCAAUGGUCAGAUGGACCUGAAGUUCUCGCAGCAAUGGCAUCGGCCUCAGGGUGCGACACGGGCGCACUAAAGCUCGUUGGUUUGCGGAAGCGCUUCGGUGGAGCACAGCUCGCCUUGGUCUCCGAACCUAAAGAAGUGACGCAGGCAAUCCUGAAACAAGGGAGACUAAGGGUCGGCAUGGUGAGUUGCAGCGUCAGGCUCUGCGACGCCAAAAUUAGGUGUUUUCGGUGCCUGGCACAUGGACACACAGCAAAGUAG